AUGCUCCAUAUAAGAUUCUUCAAGCCUCCAGCAUGGCAGGGUAAAAAGUCGCCCGAUCUAAAUGCAGUUCUCACGGUGGCCAAUGAUUUGGGUGAAGAGCCCUUUUACGGGUCUGCUGAACUAUGUGCAGAUGUCUUUGCAGGAGGCCGUAAGCUCAAGUCGGUUACACUUCGCUGGACCCCAGGCAUGCGCGCUGUUCCGCUCAAAGUCCCUGGAUCGGUUUUUGCUGCGGUUCCCAAAAAGACUCCUGUAGAGGUCCGUGUGAGUGUCCCAGACCCUAAAACAGCAGUAAAUUUGUUGUUAGACGAAUCCGCUCAACAAACUCUACAAUUUCUCCCUGUAUCUUCGGUACCCUUCACUUCUACCCCAGAGAAAAUAGCUGUCCGCAAAGUGCCGACAUCUUUUAAAGACCCGCUAACUAUCUACGAAGAAUCCCAGGAAAGCAUUGCGCGGCACCUGUGGGAUGCAGGCCUCUACACUGCCGACUUGUUUCUGCAACAUCCAGACUCUCCCAUUGUGGAUCUUCUCGAAGACUCCACUACUAAAUGGCCACCUCAAACGGUCCUUGAGCUUGGGGCCGGGUGUGGGUACGUUGGCCUGGCAUUUGGUGCAGCAUAUCCUGGCACCCGGAUUGUUUUGACAGAUUUAGACGAUGCACAGGCUAUUUGCACGCGCAACAUAGCUGCCAAUGCGUCAAGAAUUGCGCCAUCAACUGCAGAGUUCCAAGUACUAGACUGGGAAGAAGAAGAGAGUCCGCUGGAUCCUGUGCCGGACCUAGUUCUUGUGACGGAUUGCACAUAUAACCAGGCGUACUACGGAGCGUUGCUGGCGAUGUUGGCGCGUGCAGUCAAAACAGGUGCGACAGUAUUGUUAGCCCAUAAGCAUCGUAAUGACGCCGAGUCAAGUUUUUUCGAGAGCCUGGACGCACACCCAGGGCUCUGUCUUGUUCGCCGGUUUGAUAUGGAAGUAGCUGGGAGUCCAUUGACAGUUGUUGUUUGCCGAUAG